AUGGCAAAUGUAUUGGAGUUUCUCUUUAAAGGCCGGUGUAAGCCAGACCACGUUGUCUCAUGGAUACAAAUGGAAACACAACAGACUGAUGUUCCUGAAGUGCUGCUAUCAUUUCAAAGUGAAAGAAGAGAGUUCAUACCUUUUCUCUUAAACUAUUUGCGAGGACAGACUUCUCAUUUGCUCCAGAAAUCAAAAUCUGCAAGUCCCUCUCCUGUGAAGUGGAAGCAAAAAGCAAAACCACAAAUAUCCACCCCCAACCCUACAGUUCGGACUCUAUCUUCUUCUCUCUUUCCCAACUUAACAGUAGAAAUAUUUUUUUUGAUCCAGUUGUUAGUUGUCAGAUGUACCAAAGAAGAUAUUGAUGAAACAGAUUGCAUUGGACAUGACUUCUUAAGAUCCAUUCACAAUGUUGUAUAUUUUAGCUUGAAAGUUCUUGAAAAACUUUUAUGGUUAUUACCAUCAUUGGGGCCAACUGUAUUGAAACUGCUUAGUGAUAACCCUAGAGUAGAAUCCUUUUCACCUGUAUUGAAACAAUGCUUGUGUAAGAUCCAGGAAAAUAAAGAUUCUUCUACACAGCUCUCUCCUCUUUUGCCUCGGUCCUCAAUUGGUGGUGUCUCAUUCCAAGCAGAAACAGAUAACCGAAAUAAUUUCCCAACACCCAAAUCAUUUUCUAUGUUCAGAGCACAAAGAUUGCAGGAGAGGUUUAUAAUUCCUCUUAGUACAAAUGGACCAAGUCCUCCACCAUCAUUCACUGGUUCCCAGGAGUUUUUCCAUGAUUUCAUCCUGUCUGCUAACAAUCAUGUAUUUAAUCAGCAUAUUAGUGAUCUCCUAAAAGCAAAGAUACUGGAACUUGAUAAAUACCAAUUUGUAUCUCUUCAAAGUGUAAAUGAAGAUAAUGGAAAUGCUUCUAGUGAUAUCAAAAGAGAAUUCAAGUCUUGUUUGUUAACACUACGUUUACUUGCAAAAUUUCUUGGAUUCUUAACCUUUCUGCCAUACCAAUCCAUUAACAGUCUUCCAGAAGAAGUACACCCAGCUUAUUUAGAAAUAAGAAAUAAUAGUUCUCCUCCUUGUGAUAUCUUGGUUUAUCUGAAGCAAGCAUCUAUCAAAGGACGCCUGUGUUACACCAUUCCUUGGGUGGUGGAAUUCUUAAGAAUAUUCAUCAAAGAAAUGAAUAGGGAGCUGACAAAAUUGUCUAAACCAAGUAAAGUAAUUUCUGAAGUAUCUCUACCCAGUUACCAUGAUACAAAUUCAUCAUCUCCAUCUCAAGUCCUAAUAGAAUUGAAGACUAUACUUCGUCAAAUCUUGCUACAAGAAUGUCUGCCAAAUAUUGAAAAAUUAAAGAUGUUAUUUGACAAGGCAAAUAAAAUGUUGUCUGGUCGUCAGAAAAGCAGUUAUCACAAAUGCAUUUGGAAUCACUUUCUUUAA